AUGGGGACGCCUUGGGGAAGCGGUAAUGGCGACGGCGGGAACUUGAUCUGGUGGAUCGGGACUCCCGCCGGCGCAGUCGAUGCGGGGCCGGAGCUGACCGGCGGUGGCUGCUGCAGCGGACCGCCGGGCGCGACAGAGGCCGCCGGGAGCGGUGGCUACCACUGUAGCCAGGGCGGGGCGGUGGUGAUGGUGGAUGGCAGCUGCAGCGGCCGGCGAGCGCGGCGGGGAUGCCCUGGGGCAGCGGCUGCUGCGGAGGCUGCCAGGAGCGGCGGCUGCCGCUGCAGCCAGGGCGGGGCGAUGGAUGGCAGCUGCUGCAGCCGCCCGGCGAGCGCUGCGGAGGCCGCUGGGUGCAGCGGCUGCCACGGCGGCGCGGUGGCGGCGAUGAGCGGCGCAGCAGGGUGCGGCCCGUAG